AUGGACGCUGAUCACUUAAUUGACCUAACUCCUUUGCGGCCACAAAGACCCCCAACAGAGGAACGUGACGAUCGUAAUGUGGGUCCUCAACGUGAUAGCAAUGACAGGAUUGGUACGCCUGUGAUUUCUGUAUCGGCACAUCUCCCUCGGCGAGAGGAUUUGUCUUACAUAUGGGGUACUAACAUUGCUGUUGAGGAGUUUAGGGCGGAAUUUAGGCGUUAUUUAGAAACCUUUGAGGUUACAGGGCUUAAGAUAUCCCAGGUCGACUCACAUCAUCCUAUUCGAGGAAAUACUGUCACUGAACCGUACAGUAAUCGAUCCCUGUCUUCUGUUUUAGGAGGUGUCAGUGCAGCUUCCUUGAGCAAUCUUCAUACUGGUGUAGUUGAUGCGGUGGGCGUGGGGGGCCGGGGUACAGGCGAAAGGUACUACCUGAAGGAAAUGCUGUCUAUGCAUCUACGGGGUCGCAAUACACUUGAAAUUGACUUCACCUGGCUUCAGCAGACUGCUCCAGUAUUAUAUCAACAAACAGUCAAUCACCCUACCGAAUGCCUUCAGAUGAUGACAGGCGUUGCUGAAGAUCUUUAUCGUGAAGUACUGGAGCACCGUCAUGGGAUUAAGGUUGCGGACGACUUCAUUCUGUACCUGUCUGCUAAGAGGAUGCCCUCCCUCAUAACCAUCAAGCAACUUUCUCCACAGAACCUCGAGCAGCUGCUGAGCAUCAAAGGAAUGGUGAUACGUGUCUCAAAGAUUAUUCCUGAGAUUCGAGUUGCAUGCUUCCAGUGCUGGCACUGCCAUAACAUUGAGCGCAGCGUGAGUGGGGACAAGGGCCGCAUCUUUGAGCCCACCCGUUGCAAUCACUGUGGGCAAUCUUACUCGUUCAGAUUGCAGCACAAUUUAUCUAUUUAUGAAGACAAGCAGCUAAUCAAACUGCAGGAAUCACCUGAGCAUGUCUCUGACGGCGAGACACCGGUCUCCAUCUCCCUUGUUGUGUACGGCGGACUUGUGGACUCUGUGGUACCAGGAGACCGUGUGGUAGUGACGGGUAUUUACCGCUCUACUCCCAUCCGUCUGAAUUCGAACACUCGUAUCAUAAAGAGUAUCUUUUCUACACAUUUGGAUGCGGUUCAUAUCGAGGCAUCACGCAUAGCCUCUCUAGGCAGUAGCCCUAGUGGUAAUGGAGGUGUCAAGCGACCAAAGCCACGCGUGAUGGCGCCUAGUGCAUCAGGGGCUGCUUCAGAGUCAGGUGCAGCGGAUCCUAAUCGCGGUUCCAGUUUUUUCGAUGUUGACGCGAUGGAUACGGCGCGUUUAGACAUCUUUCACCACCUCGCGCGUCGUCCUGACAUUCACGAUAUUCUUAUCCGUUCUUUCGCGCCAAGUAUCUGGGGUCAUGAAGAUGUGAAGCGUGGCAUCUUAGCGCAACUCUUCGGUGGAACGCCCAAGAAUUUCGUUUUCAAUCGCCGUCCUGAGGGCAACCAGACGGGUGGAGAUGGCAAAAGUGACGCGCGUGAUGCAGGUGCCUACCUUUCCGAUCCCGUUCCCCCUCAGUCGGGGGCUGACUCUAACAAUCGUGCCAAUUUUCGCUCAUCCCUAAACGUCAUCCUAUGUGGGGACCCCGGUGUGGCUAAAUCACAGCUUCUUACGCAGGUCCACGAGAUUGCUCCGCGUGGGGUAUAUACCUCAGGUAAAGGCAGCAGCAGUGUUGGCUUGACUGCUUUUGUGGUGCAAGACCAAGAAACAGGCGAGCAUGUUCUUGAGCCAGGCGCUCUUGUCCUCUCUGACCAAGGACUUUGCUGCAUUGAUGAGUUGGACAAAAUGAACGAGGCUACACGUUCCGUUCUCCACGAAGUCAUGGAGCAGCAAACGCUCUCUGUCGCCAAGGCUGGGAUUAUAGCUCAACUAAAUGCACGCACAUCGAUUCUCGCCGCUGCGAACCCCAAGGAAUCCCAAUGGAACCCGCACCUAAAUGUCGUUGAGAACCUGCAGAUCGAGCCAACCCUACUAUCUCGUUUUGAUCUGAUCUUCUUGCUUCUAGACCGACAUGAUGUCAAUGAGGAUCGCCGUCUCGCUUCUCACGUCUUGUCGUUGUACAUGGAUCACUGCGACGGCGGUGUUGGCAAUUUUUCUGAUCAGGGGCAGCUCCGUGUGGUACCCUGUGGGCGCGGUGACUGCGAUGAGGAAGCCACCGGAGGAGACCGAGGGCCACCUCCAUACACGACAAGAACAGAAACAGGCGCUGCCGCGGGACGGCUUCCAACACCGGUGGGCACUCACGUUGAUCCUGCAACCGGCCAGCGUGUAGAGGUCCUCCUCCAGCACGAGGGUGAGCCGUUUCUAUUCGGCCCCUCACAGCGCCCAUAUAUGCCAACUGCAAUACUCUCCAAGUACAUAGCUAUUGCACGUGAGACCAUCUUUCCGAGGCUUACUGAGGCGGCUCACAAACAGCUAGCCACAUCGUAUAUGCAGCUUCGCCGCUCGCGUGGGAGUCAAACAGUCUCCGCUACUUUGCGCCAGUUAGAAUCUAUGAUAAGGCUGUCGGAGGCGAGAGCAAAGAUGCGCUAUAGUCCUGAAGUGUCUGUGGAUGACGUUCUCGAGGCGAAGCGGUUAAUAAGCGAGGCGCUAAAAGAGGCUGCCACUGAUCCGCGGACGGGUUUGAUCAACUUGGAUAUCUUCCACGCGCCAGACCCGACCAAGAAUACCAUGGAAAGCUGCAUGCGCCGUCUCGAAGAGGUUGUGACGCGACAGUACACGUCCCGUGGGUUGCAUACGGCAUCUGUAUCAGAGCUACGGAUGGCGCUCAAUGAGCACAGCGGAGCUCUAAAGCCGAUAGGUCCAGCUCAGUUUAUGGAGUUGCUUGCGCUGUUGUCGGGUGGUGAUUGUAUAAAGAAUUUUACACGUACCCUCGUAACCUUUGCGGAGAAUGACAGCGUGCGUCACUGA